AUGAAUCUGUUCCAGUCUAUAACAAGUGCCUUGGAUAACACUCUAGCUAAGGAUCCAACCGCAGAUGAGGCUGCUAAAUACCGUUACCGCUCUGAGAACCUGUUUGACUAUGGGAGUUUGACAAUCCGAGCACCCUGGGGUUUUUUGGUCCAUGGAUCCCUAUACCACUCCCAGAGUCCAGAGGCCUUCUUUGCACAUUGUCCUGGAGUUAAGAUUGUUAUUCCAAGAAGCCCAGUUCAAGCUAAAGGGCUGCUGCUAUCGUGCAUUGAAGACAAGAACCCCUGCAUAUUCUUUGAGCCAAAAAUCCUUUACAGGGCUGCAGUUGAACAGGUCCCUGUGGAACCCUACCACAUCCCCCUGUCUCAUGCUGAGGUGUUGCAAGAGGGAAGCGAUGUUACACUUGUUGCCUGGGGCACUCAGUCGGUUGCAAAGACUGGGAGACUUUUGGUCAGCCAUGAAGCUCCAGUAACAGGCAGAUUUGCAGCUGAGAUAAGUUCUACAGUCCAGAUGGUUGGAUGCACUUUUGAAUGAGUCACUCAGAAAUAAAGAGGUUUGUGGUGAGCCAGAGCCUAACCCGGCAGACAUAGGGGUGCAAGGCGGGACUACACCCUGGAAGGGACACCAGUCCAUCGCAGGGCAACUAAGGGAGAAUUUAGAGAGACCAAUCCACCUAGCCAGCAUGUCU